AUGAGCGAAUACAGACAGUUCUCCUCGUCGUCGUCUUUGUUUUCGCACGCGUCGACCAGAGAUGACGAAGUCACCACGGGGAACGUCACGGACGCUUUUCAAGACAAAACAAAAGACGUCGUCAUCGUCGGUGGAGGACCAACUGGAAUCGCGUUACACGCCUUGUUAUCCUCGUUCGAUGUGAAAAACGUUCUCCUAAUUGAGAGAUACUCGAACGGGCCGUCGAAACAUCCGAAAGCGCACUUUAUCAACAGAAGAACGAUGGAGAUUUUAAGGGACCGAAACGCGUUCGGAUUUGGUGAGAAAACAACCGUCGCUUCGCGCGUUAGAGAGGAAAUGUCGGAUGUCGUAAAUUGGCGGCAUUUUAGGUACGUGACUGGUAUCCUAGACGAGAAGAACGAAGAACUCGGGUCUGUGGAUCACUUUGCAACAGAACGGAUGGAAGUUGGGGAGACGACGGCGUCGACGGAAGGAGUGGCGCAUUUCCCGCAGCACCGGUUGAUGCCGAUGUUGUGGGAAAACGCAUUGGAGAAGGCGAAGAAGAGGAGGGAGAAUGAUGACGACGAUGAUGAUGACGACGCGUUCGUGAGAGGCGACGAGGUUGUUCGAGUAGAGAGGGUGAUGCGUAGUCGUAGCGAAAAGAGUUCGAGUAGCAGUCGUGGUGGUAGUAACAAUAGGUGCCGAGUGACUUUGAAAUCAGGCAAAGUGUUCGAGGCGAAAUACGUCGUCGCGUGCGACGGGGCGAGUUCAGUCGUGGCGAGAACAUUGAAUAGUGGGGGUAUAGAAACGAAGAAAAAAGGAAACAACAAAUCUUUCCCGACACAAACGUUAGGUAAUAUUCACUUUGUCAGUCGUUCGCUGGCGAAGAGAAUUAAAGAGAAAAGUAACGAAGCGAUGUUGUAUUUCGUGUUCAAUAAAAACAUCGUAGGGGUUGUCGUCGCGCACGAUUUGCGCGAGGGAGAAUUCGCGUUGCAGUUGCCGUACCACGCGCCAGUUCAGGAUUUUAAAGAAAUGUUUACGAAGAAAAAAUGCGAGAUGUUUGUUCGAAACGCGAUUUGUGGUGGUGGUAUUGAUGUUGGUGAUAAAAAUGGCGUUACACUUGACGAUAUCGAAGUACUCGACGUAAAAUCGUGGACGAUGGACGCGACGGUGGCGAAUGUCGUAAUUGACGAAGAGCGAGCGCCGAGAAUUAUCCUCGCCGGGGAUGCCAUGCACGCCUUCCCUCCCGCCGGUGGUUUUGGCAUGAACACUGGGAUUCAAGAUGCGCACAAUUUAGCGUGGAAACUCGCCAUUGCGAUACAAAAUGAACGCGAUGACGACGCGUUGUCCUCUUCGCUGCUCAACUCGUACGCAAACGAACGAAAAAAAAUAGCCUCGGAAAACAAAACGUUAAGCGUGAGCAAUUACGAACGCGUUUUAGAGAUACCAAGAGCUUUAGGUUUAGAACCUCGCGCGCUCGAUGCGCUCGUUUUCGCAUCCAACGCGUUGCCCGUGCCCCAAGCGCUGAAAUCGUUUGCGUUUGAAAAAAUCUUGAGCGCCGGACGCAUGCAAACGGUGCUUCUCGAAAACGAUAAGAAGAAUCCAUUGGGAGAGUACCGUCGCGAAGCGGUGAAACGGUUGUGCGGCACCUCGGGAGAGACGCUCAAGUUGAAAUUUCUCAACGAGGAGCUUGGAUUUUCGUACGCGAAAGGCGUCAAAGCGACAAAUCCGAACGUCCUCGCCACGAAGAUGCUCUGGAAGAAGCUCGAAAAAUGUUACCUAAAGGCGCUGCAUUAA